AUGUAUGUUCCACCCGGAAUCAAUGACCUGAUGCCUCGAUAUCUGCCUAGCUCCUCCCCGAUACAAUCUCCAAGCAACACCAAGCGUGGUCAUGGCCGUGCUCCUCCUAUAGACCAUCCAUGGGACUCCCCCGGAGAGAUUUACUCGCCCAAUGACGGGAACUUGUAUGAAUACCCCCACGAUCAACAGCAACCAGUGCAGGGGGGUGACCCGGGACCUCUAAGACACCAGUCUAACAAGCCAGAGGUGGAUACCAACGACAAUGACGAGGAGCAUUUAUGCGAAUUCGCUGCCCCAUGCCGAAUGCAUCCCUCGCCCGAUGGAAUGCACUACCGAAAGGUUGUGUCGCACGUGUUUGGCAGAAACAAGGCCGUUACCAAGCUUUUCCCACUAGGUGUCUGGGUUCAUUAUUGCCGAAAACACUACCAGCGUGCCCGGUAUCGCGCAGACCAAUGGCCGUUUACGCAGUGCGAUCUCCUGUUAGAAUCACUGAGCCGUAUGGAGAAUUGGGAUGGAGUGGAGAGUUUCGAACUCAUCCUCCGCCGCCGAGAGCAAAUGCGUGUCGGGCGUGAAACCGAAAACCAAGCCACCACCGAGACAUCCAAUCAGAACGAGACUACUUCUGCUAGCCAGGACCAGGAUCAAGACCACAAGUCUUCAGGUGUCGUCACUCGGUCUCCGAGCCGUAAGCAUCCAACUGCCAUCAUCGCCCCUGUCCCAGACUGGCUGCGCCAAUACGUUGGUCACGGCAAGACAUUCCAGGAGAUCCGCCAGAUUAUCGAACUGGUACGUAGCCACAUGGUGAGGCUCCGAAAUCUGGAAAGAGCGAAGCAACAGCUCAGUCAUAUUCCCAAGUCCCUGGGUGCACCAGGAAGCCCUCGUCGAGGUGCGCUUACAAACGGCCGAAAGGGACGUAUCGCCAAACCAACCAAUCGGGACCCCUUACGCCUGCGUGCUAGCACUAUUCGUUUCCCCGAUGUUGAAAUCCUCCCCCAUUUCAAGCCAUGGGUAAAGGAGGCUGCUCUGCGGCAGCGAUCUGCCACUACCUGCCCCGCGAACGAGGGGGAUGCCAAAGACUAUGAAGCGCAGCAGAGACUUUCGGGAAGGGGUCAUAUCAUUGGAGAAAUUUCAGAUACCCGUGAAACCAAUCCUCGGGCCGAAUCGAGUCAGCCGACAAAUAGCAACUUCUCGACUAACAACACCACCCCCCACUAUGACGGAAGCUCCGAGUAUGUUUCUACCGCCGAGACAAAUGGAGCCAAUCUCUCGCAGAUUCAAGCUCACAUCGGCAGGGCUGGGACUAACCGUGGUCAGUCUGAGAGCCAGCGGCGACGCAGUGAGCGAGUCUACCUUAAGGCCAUAGACCGUGUCCCUGGCCAGGGUUCUAUCAAAAAGCCCGGCAAGGAUGGUGAGCAAUAG